AUUGGAGAUCACCCAGAAAUAGACUGUAGCUGGCCCAUCUAUCAGGCCACCCUGCAGAAAGGUGAUGAAGAAUGGUCAGUGCAAAAGCACACAAAGAUGAGUCCUACUGAUGCAUUUGGGACAAUCAACUUUCAAGAUGGAGAUCACACUUACCACGCCAAGUAUAUUAGACUCUCUUAUGACAGUAAUUUGGACCAGCUGUUGCAUCUGAUGGUUAAAGAAUGGCAGAUGGAGUUGCCAAAGCUAGUGAUAUCUGUUCAUGGAGGCAUUCAAAAUUUCAAGCUUACCUCAAAGGUCAAACAGGUUUUCAGCAAAGGAUUGGUCAAGGCUGCUGAGACUACAGGAGCAUGGAUAAUUACAGAAGGCAUCAAUAGCGGAGUGUCUAGGCAUGUUGGGGAUGCACUGAAAGGCCAUGCCUCCCCAUAUCUACGGAAGAUCUGCGCUGUUGGGAUCCCUUCUUGGGGCAUCAUUGAGAACCGGAGGGACCUCAUUGGAAAAGAUGUAGUUUGCCUCUACCAGACUCUUGGUAAUCCACUCAGCAAGCUGAGUACACUCAACAGCAUGCAUUCUCAUUUCCUGAUGGCAGAUGAUGGGACAGUAGGCAAGUAUGGAAAUGAAAUGCUGCUGAGGAGGAAUUUGGAAAAGUACAUAUCUCUUCAGAAAAUACACACGAAAUGUUUCCCAAUAUUUUGGCUAUGCAGAAGGGUAUUUUACCUGUUUGUAACUAGUUAGAUGUGUUUUCAAACAGGAAUGGGCCAAGGUGUACCCGUAGUUGGGUUGGUGGUGGAAGGAGGCCCCAAUGUGAUCCUAAUGGUGUGGGAGUACGUGAGGGCCAGCCCAGCUGUCCCCGUGGUGGUCUGUGAGGGCACUGGCAGAGCUGCAGAUAUCCUGGCUUUUACCCACAAACACACAGGUGAUAUGGGGGAGCUGCGCCCUCAAGUGAAGGAGGAGGUUUUAGCAAUGAUCCAAAACACCUUUAAUUUGGGACAGAAACAGUCCAGCCACUUGUGUCACAUUUUGAUGGAGUGUAUGGAGCACAGGGAAUCUAAUACCAUUCCAUUGGAUUACAAGAUAUCGCUGAUUGAUAUUGGGCUGGUGAUAGAGUACCUCCUUGGUGGAGCUUAUCGGAGCAGCUACACAAGGAAACAUUUCAGAAUCCUGUACAAUGAUCCCUACAGAAAACACAAGAGAGUACUUUCCAGUUUUUCUCAGAGCCUCUCUCAUCAUUCCCUUCAUCAGAGUAAUCAAAUGAGUAGCAAAAUGGGAUCCACUGAAAAUACUUUGCAUUCUCAGUUCUUCAGAACUGCACAACCUUACAAAUACAAGGAAAGACCCACUGCUUUCCACAAGUCUAAGAAGAAGUCAAAAGAGUUUAUAAAUUUUGCAGAAGACUGUGAGACAUCUGGCUUUAUUUACCCCUAUAAUGACCUCUUGGUUUGGGCAGUAUUAAUGAAGAGGCAGAAGAUGGCAAUGUUCUUCUGGCAGCAUGGAGAGGAAGCGAUGGUCAAGGCUGUUGUGGCUUGCAAACUCUACCGGGCAAUGGCACGUGAAGCUAAGCAAAGCAACAUGGUGGAUGACACUUCAGAGGAGCUUAAGAAGUACUCAAAGUUAUUAUAAGUAUUCUUCUGCCUCCCACCAUCUUGAUGCUGGAGUUUAAAAGCAAAGCAGAAAUGUCUCAUGUGCCUCAGUCCCAAGA